AUGUUGCACCUGAGGAUUGUGGCUAUUUCGGUAUUUUUAUUUUUAACUGCUACCAGACAGGAUGAUGACAUUGGUUACUUCUGGCAUUUAAGUGAUAUUCAUUGUGAUUUAAAAUAUGUAAAUAAAUCAUGUAAUCUUCCAUAUGGUAAUUAUUCUUGUGAUUCUUCACUCAAACUUGCUUUAAAUGCAAUCAAUUCAACUAGAAUGUUAUUUGCUAAAACACCGGAUUUUGUUAUUUGGAGCGGUGAUAAUGGACCACAUGAUGACAGUUUGACAUCCGAUCAACUUUUGGAUGGUAUCCGGUUAAUAAGUAAAGCGUUGAAACAAUCAUUUCCAGUGGAUGAAGUUUAUAUUCUACCUGUAUUAGGUAAUCAUGAUGUUGUGCCUGCAAAUACUAUGGAAAUUACACCACAAAGUCGCUCACGUUUUGACUGGUGUCAUAAACUUGGUAAUGAUAAAGAUUUAUGGGGUGAAUGGAUUAAUCAUCGACAAAAGAAACAUUCAUCAUCAUCAUCACGUUCUUCUUUCUCUUCCUUCACAUCAGAAAAUUCGUCCGACUUUCCAAUGUCUAAUUUCUCACAAACUUGUUUCUUCUCACAUUAUCUUGUAUAUAAUACGGAUUCAUAUAAUUAUCAACCUAAUUUAAUUCUAAUUAGUUUAAAUGGUCUAAUCUGGUAUCAAGGUAAUCUAUUAGCUGGUACUAAUGAUCCAGAUCCAUUGGGUCAAUUUAAUUGGCUUAGACAAACAUUUCAAUGGGCAAGAAAACGAAAGGAUAAAGUUUUACUUGUUAGUCAUUUCCCUCCGGGUGCUUCAGAAAAUUCUCCACAAUGGUAUCAAUUUCUUCAUCCACAAAUGAAUGAUCAAUUAGUGAAUAUAUUAAUUGAAAAUGCAGAUUUAUUAAUGACUGGAUUAUUUGCCCAUGAACAUGUUGAUAGUUUUCGAUUGUUAGUUUCUAAAUCAAAUAUACCGGUGGCAUCUUUAUUUCUUAUGCCUUCUAUAUCUCCAUUAAUGUUGCAUGGUUUGGGUGAUUUUAAUCCACGUAUACGUUUAUAUAGAUUUCAACGUUCAACAAUGACUCUAUUAGGUUAUUCCCAAUAUUAUUUUAAUUUACAAAAUCAAUCAUUCAAUGAUAUGGAUCCAUUGAAUCAUUGGCAAUUAGAAUAUGAUACCAUGACAACUUAUCAUUUACCGGAUUUAUCACCAAAUUCAUUACAUCUAUUAUGGAAUAACUUUUUAAAAGAAGAUAAUGGUUAUUGGACAAAUUAUUGGAAUUAUGAAUUAGGUGGUAGACCUCAUGCUUUAAAACCAAAUUAUCUUACAGUAGAUGGUUUAUGUCCUUUAGCAAAAUCCCAAUGUCGAUGUGAUCAUUUAUGUGCUAUGCGUUUUCUGAUCUUAUCAGAUUUGAAUAAAUGUCUUCAAUUAUGUAAAGAUAUAAAGUAUAUUCAAGUGAAUGAUGGUCAUGGUCUUCAACAUCCAAUGUUUACUCCUAUUCAUAACAAUAAAAGUAGUAUAUCAUUGAAUGAUUCAAUAAUGAAUGAGUCAAGCAAUGUAAAUUCUAAUGAACGUAGUAGUUUACCAUAUAUCAUUGGUGUAAUUGUUGCAUUUUUAGUUGUAUUAGUUGGUAUUGUUUUAAUUGUUAAUCGUGAAGUAUGUCAUCGACAUCGUGUUGUUUAUCAUCAGCAUACAUCAUCAUUAUUAGCUAAUGUUAUUGGUAUGAAUAGAACUAAUCCUGGCGGCGGUGGUUUUGGUGGUGGUGGUUGUGGAAAUGGUGCAUUACCUAUUUCUUCAUUUCUUUAUGGAUCUCGUUCAAUGAUUAAAGGUAAUAAUCAUUGUACUGGUGGUUCAUGUAUUGAAUUACGUACAGCUUUUCAUCCAUCUUAUGAUGAUUUCUAUCCGGAAUAUUUUAAUAAAUCUGUUACAUCUUUAAAUGCAAUUACAUUAUCCAACAAUAUGACUACUAAUACUACUGAUCAUAAAGAAUCAGAUCGAAUGAUGAACGGAGUUGUGGUGAGUUCGUUUGCUCCAUUAGAACAUAAUAACAUAACAACUCUAUCACCAUCUUAUAUGAUUUCCUAUUAUGAUAAUCCUAGUGAUCAUAGUAGCAGUAACAGUAAUAAUAAUAAUAAUAACCCAAUUAUAAAACAAAAUUAUAUUGGUAAACGAUAUUCUCUACCGAAUUAUGCUUAUUUAAAAAAAUAUCUAUCUAGUUAUAUUAAUCCAACUGGUCGUAUGGUAUAUGUAGUAAAUCAACUGUUUGAUCGUUGUGGGCAUACUACUACUAGUCGAGUAAGCCAUAUUCAGAAUAAUGAUACUAUUACUAAUAAUAAUAAUAACAAUGCCAACACUACUCAUACUAACCUUAGUCAUUGUAAUGAUCCUCAACAAUAUCUGUUCAAUAAGACUUCAUCAACAGAUGAUAAAAGUUAUACAACAUCUGAACGAUCAUCCAAUUGUCAUCAUCAUCACCAACAUCAUCAUAAAGAGGAUCUUCAAAACAAUAAUAGUUGCUUACCUGAAGAUUAUUAUGCUGAUGAUGAAGCAUUCGGUGAUGAAGAUUAUAAUGAUCUACAUCAUAAUGAUACAUUUGUUCAUAGUGGUAAGAAAGAUUUAUCAAUCUCAUCACAAAUUGGUUAUCAUCAAUUUACUACUGAUAAAAAGUUGAAAUUAAAUCAAAUGAAGAAACAAUUGAAUUCUAAUCGUACUCACCAUCGUCAUCAUCAUCAUCAUCAUAAUGAUCCUUGUAGAAGUGGUGCAACUGAUGAUGAUAGAGAUUCAAUGAAUGAUCUUAUGUUUCAUUAUGAUCAAGAAUCACAACUUCUUAAUCAUUGUCAUAUGAACAACACUAAAGAGAAUCCUAAUGUUGGAAAUCAUAGAAAAAAACAUCAUACUACUAAUCAUUUAAGUAGUAUAUUAACAUCUUCACUUAUAUGUUUACCAAAUGAAUUCAAUAAUCAUAUAAAGAAUAAAAAUGGAAUAAUUCAACAACAACAACAACAACAAUCAUAUUCAACUUAUACAUCACCAUUUAAAUAUCGAACACAGUUACCAACCUCAACACCACCAACCCCUUCGUUGAUAACAGGAUCAUCAAAAAAUCAUGAUCAAUCGGAUUUGGAUCAACAUCUACUUAUGUCAUUUUCAUUACCAAAUCAAACUCAUCAAAUAACAUCAUCAUCUAAAUUGAAUAACAAUAAUGUACAACAAUGUAAUUCAAUUAAUAAUAAGACUAACCCUAACUCUUAUCAUCCUAAUCAUCCUUUAACAACAAGAAAUAGAUCGAUUAUAAAAAUGCCUAAAUGUGAUUAUGUUCGAAUGUCAAGUUGA